AUGAAUCUCUCGGGCUACUUUUGUAGUCAGACUAACAAGGACGAUAUAGAAUAUCGACCUCUUCGGCCAACCAGCCCGACGAAUGAAGAUGACUUGAAAUCCUACGCAACAUGCUGUUCUUCGCGAAGAAGACCAUGUAUAAGAGGCCGCAGGAAAUGGCUGAGUCCGUUUCUCGCAGCUUUUGCUGGAGCAUGUCUAAUCCUAAUCGCCUUCUUCCUGAUGACAUUUGUUAUCGAGCGCUAUGCUGUCUACACCUUCGAAGCUUCUGGUCUUGCCUUGGCCGAUCCUAUCGAGCAGUACGGUGAUGCUAUAGAAAGUGCCAAGAGAUGGGUUGAAGUCCUGUCGCCUCAAGUAACUCCAGUUAUGGUCCAUUCUCACAACGACUACCUGAGACCACGGCCGUUGUUCUCGGCUUUAUCUGUUGGCUGUGCUAGUGUUGAGGCCGACGUUUGGCUCAGCAAGAAUGGAAAAGACCUCUUGGUUGGCCAUCACUGGUGGAAUCUCACACCAGAGAAGACCCUGAACUCUCUCUACAUUGAGCCACUGCUGGAGAUUCUCGACUCUUUCAACUCCCCACAAUUCUCGGAUGAACUCGAGAGCCAAGGACAUCAUUCUGGUGUUUUUGCUAGCCAUCCAAACAAGACACUCAUCCUGUUCAUCGAUGUCAAGGACGACCCAGAGAAGACUUGGCCGGUAGUCCUGGAGCACCUGGAACCUUUUAGGCAGAAAGGAUAUCUUUCAUAUCAUCAAAACACUGGAUCAACACCGGUAGACCAGUCAUUUCAGUCUGGUCCGCUAACUGUGGUCGGAACAGGCAAUAUUGGCAAGAGGCGAGAUGUUAAUAUUGGUCCUGACCUGGCGAAGUGGCGGCAGCACCACGAUGUGUUUCUUGACGCAUCUUUAGAUCUCCUAUCUCACCCGGGAUUUUGCGAGAGAAACGACACCCUUUGUCGCGAAGUGGAGGAAAAUGAGUUUUACACAGCUUCCGUAUCUCUCUUCAGAGCCAUUGGGACUGUCAUUCCAUACUUCAGCAAGUCACAACAGCAGAAGCUGGCUGACCAGAUCCAACUUGCAAAGAAGUUGAACCUGAAGUCGAGAUACUGGGAGCUACCAGGCUGGCCUGUAUCCCGAAGAAACUACGUUUGGAGGACACUUCAUCACGAGGGGGUUGACUUGAUCAACGCGGAUGAUAUAGUCAGCGCAACCACGAAGCAGUGGCACUCGAAUUAUGCCAUAGAAGGCGCAUGGGUUCUCGGUAUUGCGUCUUGUCUUUUUAGCUUCCUCCUUACCAUUAUGUGGUUAGGAAAGAGGAUGGUGUUUCGUAUGAUGACUGUUUAG